AUGACCAGGGGCGCUUGGAUGUGUCGGCAGCAAGAUGACGGCUUAAAAAUCUGGUUUGCACCCCGGGAGAACGAAAAACCAUUUACUGAUCCAGAAAGGGCCCAGAAAUGGCGACUGUCCUUAGCAUCCCUAUUGUUUUUAACCGUUCUGCUAUCUAAUCACUUGUGGUUAUGCGCCGAGGCUAAACUGACACGGACUCGAGAGAAGCGCCAGGACAAGUUAGCAUUCACGGACAUGGGCGAUUACCAAACCGUUAACCACAUACUUUCACCCAACCAUCAUUCACCACACAGCAACCUCACGAAAAAGGGAAAUGCUAUUUUUAUAGGGAAUUCUACCAAACGUUUGUGGCGCCUAGAAACUUGUCAUCCCGAUAGUUUAUCUAAAAACUGCUAUACUUUUGACGACGCCGAACCUGUGUGCAGGGGCCUUUCCGAGACGCAGGGGACGCAGUCGGUGGAUUUGAAUUUAAGCGAUUUUUAUCUUUCUUUUUGUAAUUCCUAUUCUCUUUUGGAUUUGUUUUACGGGUUGUCGAAUCCGGACAGUUUGAACUGUAGCCUUGACAUGAUUAUGGAUGGCAAUCUAGAAGGCUGCAGUCAGUGCGUCCAGGCGUACCAACGCUAUGACCAGCACGCUCAGGAGAAAUAUGAAGAGUUUGAGGUUAUGAUUCAGAAAUAUGAAACGGAUGUAUAUUCGGUGAGGACAUGCAUGGAAGAGUGUAAGGUCGCGUACAAACCUUGGCUGUGCUCUCAGUACUUCCAGGUGACGCAGAUGCAUUGCAGCAACAAGAUCUCGUGCAAGCAAUACUGCCUGGAGGUCCAGCAGAGAUGCCCGUUUAUACUGCCGGACAACGACGACCUCAUUCACGGAGGAAGUCCCAGUUUUAUAUGUACAGGGCUUUUACAAAAACAGUCGACCAACACGGAGACAGAGUGCUGUGACGUCCGAUGGGACUUUAAACCGGACAGCCAAUCCAAAGGGACUUUUAAGAGGACUCACCCCUCUUGUCACCACCGGACGUCAGUCACGACUUCCGCGGCAGCCAGACUGUGCAACAGCAGGCUCAAGCUCUGCGUCCUGGUCCUGGUCCUCAUACUGACCGCAGCACAGAACUCCACAGCUCUCGCCAUUGGCUCAUUCUCCGGGGUGGAGGAGAGCUCCACCAAUGAGGAGUGA